AAGAAAGCGGUCCCACCAAAACGUUCGAUUUCUUUCUUAUCACAGCGCAAAAGAAAAAAAUUAAUUAGUAUUUUUGUUUACGCUUAGAUUACGCUUUCACAGGCGAGUUUUAUAGAUCUUCAAUUUCUCUCGCACUAGUGAUCCUCCUUCGUUUUUGUGUGUUCUGCUUCGGAUCAAGAGAGGAACGAUGAGCUGUUUCGGUUUUUGCCGUGAAGAUGAUUCGCUUGGAGCCGCUGAUUAUGGAGGCCAGAAUAUGAGCAAACAGUCACAGGCAGGGCACGAUGGAAGGCGAAAUGCCUCUGAAACUGCACAAAAGGGUUCUCAAACUGUGAAGGUGCAGCCUAUAGAAGUCGCCGCCAUUCUCGCCGAUGAGCUCAUCGAAGCAACAGAUGAUUUUGGAUCAAAAUCUCUCAUCGGUGAAGGAUCUUAUGCAAGAGUAUAUCACGGGUUGUUGAAGGAUGAUCAGCCUGCAGCGAUCAAAAAGUUGGAUUCUAACAAACAGCCUGACAAUGAGUUCCUUGCCCAGGUUUCCAUGGUUUCGAGGUUGAAGCAUGAUAACUUUGUAGAGCUUCUUGGUUACUCUGUUGAUGGGAACUCGCGGAUACUCGUCUUUGAGUUUGCCCAAAAUGGAUCUCUUCAUGAUCUACUUCAUGGGAGAAAAGGUGUCAAGGGAUCCAAGCCUGGUCCACUCUUGUCGUGGCAUCAACGAGUCAAGGUUGCGGUUGGAGCAGCAAGAGGGCUUGAGUACUUGCAUGAAAAGGCGAAUCCACAUAUCAUCCACCGCGACAUAAAGUCCAGCAAUGUUCUAAUCUUUGAUGACCAUGUUGCUAAAAUCGCCGACUUUGAUCUUUCAAAUCAAGCUCCUGACAUGGCUGCACGCCUUCAUUCGACCCGUGUUCUUGGAACCUUUGGUUAUCAUGCUCCUGAAUAUGCAAUGACUGGGCAAUUGACUGCCAAGAGUGAUGUAUACAGCUUCGGCGUUAUACUGCUCGAGCUUCUUACAGGUCGAAAGCCCGUUGAUCAUACGCUGCCUCGAGGCCAGCAAAGUUUGGUCACAUGGGCUACACCAAAGCUAAGCGAAGACAAAGUUAAGCAGUGUGUUGAUUCAAGACUCGGAGGAGAUUACCCUCCAAAAGCUGUUGCUAAGUUAGCUGCUGUUGCUGCAUUGUGUGUGCAAUACGAAGCUGAUUUCAGACCAAACAUGAGCAUUGUCGUGAAGGCUCUUCAACCUUUGUUGAAUACUAGGGCCGGACCUGGCGGAGAAGGAGCACUUUAGUGUGAACCCUUGGCCGUCACCAUCUCAGAAAGUUUAUUUUUUAUACCGGAAAAUUUAUUUCCCUUUCCCAUACAACCCAUCAACAUUGUGUUCAUAGAAUUAAAAAACUUGAUCCUAAUGAUUUGACCACUAAACUGUCCUGUACUCCUGUUUAAUUUGAAUCUAAAACAGGUGGGAGUAAUUGAAGAAAUAUUAAAACAAACCAGUAAAAUCCACGUUUUCCCUUUUCUUUGAUUUACUCAUAUUUAUUUUGUCGUUUCUCUAAUUAAAAUAAGUAAAUAAUUGGGCGCUACACUGAUUUUGGCCGAAAAUAGACCGCCUAAACGGGAGGACCGAUUUGUAAACACUUGCGAAAGCCGAAACCCUAGGAUUUGGGGGGCUUUUUCAGCUCACUUGUGUCACAAACAAGCUUGUUGCUUUUCAAUCGCGCAUCGUUUGUUUGGAUAAAUUAGGGAGGUAGAGAGAGAAAGAGUGAUGGUGAUGAGAAAGCUACAGCUACGAUUGAACCAGACGCAGAAGGUCAGGUUCGAGAGAGCUAUGGAGCGGCUUCAGUCUCCGGGAAACUCUGUUAUCGUCACCGAGUCCAUCCCAGUCAACCACGAAGAUGCCUUUCUUAAGGGACACGGAACUUCCGAGGUCGGCGGCGAGUUGCUGGCGACGGUCUGCGGAGUUGUGGAUCGUGUGGACAAGCUCGUCUAUGUACGCACCUUGCGAGCCAGGUACAAGCCUGAGGUUCAUGAUAUUGUGGUAAGCCGUGUCAUUGAGGUUGCUCAAAGCCAUUGGAGAGUGGAGCUCAACUUUUCUCAAGAUGGAGUACUGAAGCUUUCUUCCAUGAAUAUUUCUGAUGCUGUUCAGAAGCGAAGAACGUCUGUGGAUGAACUCAAUAUGCGGAAUAUCUUUGUAGAAGAUGAUGUCGUUUGUGCCGAAGUAGGCAGCUUUCAGCGCGAUGGCAGCUUGCAGCUACAAGCUCGAAGUCACAAGUAUGGGAAGCUCGACAAGGGACAGCUUUUGAAGGUUGAUCCUUACUUGGUUAAGAGAAGCAACAACCACUUUCACUACAUUGAAAGUCUUGGGAUCGAUUUGAUUCUCGGCCGCAAUGGCUUCAUUUGGGUCGGGGAACACGUCCAAGUCAGAGAUCCUAUGGCUGUGGAUGAUGAGAUGAUCUCAUCCUACACCUACAACACAAGAAAAGGUCAAAGCCAUACUCCAUUCGAGACUCGACAAAGCAUUCUCAGAAUCGGGAAUGCGAUACGGGUCCUGUCUAAUCUAGGCUUCACCGUGACUCUAGAAGUGAUCAUGGAAACUGUGAACUUGAGCAACACGAAGAAUAUCGACAUACACGACAUGCUUGGAUCAGAGUUUCACGUUUUGAUCGCAGAGAACGAGGCUAAAAGAAGAAGUGCGUAGAGGAAACAAGUGAAAGCCCCCAUCAAAGCGUUUUCUGUUUUUGUUGGUGUUUCAACAGAGACCUGUAACGUGGGCUUGUUUUGGCUCAACUUCUAUAAAACUCGAAAUUUGAAAAUAUAAAACAUAUAACACUAAGAUGGAUGUUUGUAUGUAUCAGAGGAUGUUCUGAAAUUGAGUUGUGUAUUUUGGAGAAAUUAUCAGUUUUUUUCUCUA